ACUCACUGAUAGUUCAGUCUGCCGCUUGACGUGCUGCCCAACAGUCGCAACAGCAAAAUACAAAAGAAAAACAUAUCAAAAUCAUGAGCUGCCCUUAUGCUGGCAAUGGCAAUGACCAUGAUGAGUCGGCUGUGCCGCUGACCACCGAGGUGGGCAAGAUCUAUGGCGAGUAUCUGAUGCUGGACAAGCUGCUCGAUGCCCAGUGCAUGCUCUCCAAGGAGGACAAGCGACCCGUUCACGAUGAGCAUCUGUUUAUCAUAACGCAUCAGGCGUAUGAGCUGUGGUUCAAACAAAUCAUCUUCGAAUUCGAUUCGAUACGCGACAUGCUCAACACGGAGGUCAUCGAUGAGACCAAAACCCUGGAAAUUGUCAAGCGAUUAAAUCGCGUUGUACUCAUACUUAAGUUACUGGUGGAUCAGGUCCCUAUAUUGGAAACAAUGACACCGCUGGAUUUCAUGGACUUUCGCAAGUAUCUGGCGCCAGCAUCGGGCUUUCAAUCGCUUCAGUUUCGCCUGAUGGAGAACAAGCUGGGCGUGCUCACCGAGCAGCGGGUGAAGUACAACCAAAAGUACACAGAUGUCUUUGGGAGCGAUGCCCAAGCGUUGAACGCUAUACGCAGCUCUGAGGAUGAACCCUCGCUGCUGGAAUUGGUGCAACGUUGGCUGGAACGCACACCGGGACUCGAGGAAGAUGGCUUCAAUUUUUGGGACAAAUUCCAACAGAGUGUUGAUAAGUUCUUGGAGGCACAGGUACAGAGUGCUCUCCUCGAGCCUGUGGAGCGGGCCAAAAACUAUCGCCUGAUGGACAUUGAGAAGCGUCGCGAAGUCUAUCGCUCGAUCUUCGAUCCGGCGGUGCAUGAGGCGCUGGUGAAGCGUGGCGAUCGUCGGUUCAGUCAUCGAGCGUUGCAGGGUGCCAUCAUGAUCACAUUCUAUCGUGACGAGCCACGCUUCAGUCAGCCCCAUCAGCUACUCACACUGCUCAUGGACAUUGACUCGUUGAUCACCAAGUGGCGCUACAAUCAUGUGAUCAUGGUGCAACGCAUGAUCGGUUCACAGCAAUUGGGCACAGGCGGCUCAUCCGGCUAUCAAUAUCUACGCUCCACACUCAGCGAUCGCUAUAAAGUAUUUCUGGAUCUGUUCAAUCUGUCAACGUUUCUGAUACCCCGCGAAGCGAUUCCCCCCUUGGACGAGACUAUUCGCAGCAAGCUUAUUCAUAAAAGCACCUGAGAUGAGCUACAUCUCUGCUCUGUUGAAGACUUCAAGAUCACUAGCCACAUUGUUUAAGCUUAAGAUGUUUUGAUCAAAUAAAAAUGUUCAUAGCACCAUUUUGGGAGUUCUUGUGAUUUCUGAU